AAUUUUUCUCUAGAGCUCCCUCCUCCCCCUUUGUCAUUCUAGCUGCCUGCUGCCUCCGCAGCGUCCCUCUUGCUCUCUCUGAGAUAACUGCCUGCGCCUUAGACAGGCAGGGUGCACAAAACCGAAGGUUUAGUUGGCAUCUGCCUUGGUGACCCCAUGGCAUCCCCCAGAACCGUAACUAUUGUGGCUCUCUCAGUGGCCCUGGGACUCUUCUUUGUUUUCAUGGGGACCAUCAAGUUGACUCCCAGGCUCAGCAAGGAUGCCUACAGUGAGAUGAAACGAGCUUACAAGAGCUAUGUGCGAGCCCUUCCUCUACUGAAGAAAAUGGGUAUCAAUUCCAUUCUUCUCAGAAAAAGCAUUGGAGCUCUCGAGGUGGCCUGUGGCAUCGUCAUGACCCUUGUGCCUGGGCGUCCCAAAGAUGUGGCUAACUUCUUCCUACUUUUACUGGUGUUGGCGGUGCUCUUUUUCCACCAGCUGGUUGGUGAUCCUCUCAAACGCUAUGCACAUGCUCUGGUGUUUGGAAUCUUGCUCACCUGCCGCCUGCUGAUUGCCCGCAAACCUGAAGAUCGAUCUUCUGAGAAGAAACCCUUGCUGGGGAAUGCUGAGGAGCAGCCCUCCUUAUAUGAGAAGGCUCCUCAGGGCAAAGUGAAGGUAUCCUAGGGAAAUGAAAGUACAGAAAAUGGACCUUUCCAGGCAGUUGCCUCCAUGACACCCAGGAAGAUGUCAAUGUGUUUCUAACUUGAUGUAUCUAUCUUGGGGGAAAGGGGAAAAUAUAAUCUGCAAGUUAAUGAUCCUAUUGGUUUGUGUACGUCUACCAUAAAAUGAUUUCUCCACAUAGACAUAUGUACACCACCUUUAAUCACUCUGGGGCAACUCUCACAUCUUGCUGCAUGUAAAUGUAUAUGGCUACUAUUGAAGUGUAUUUGUGAGGUGAACUCCAGCAACCAUGUGACUGUAAAAUGAUGUGUGGGCAUAUGUAUUUAACAACUGUGUAU